AUGGCGCGAGACGAGCCUCUGCUGGCUCCGCGCCCCUCCUCCGAACACUCCUCCAUCCGCAAUGCUGAAGAAGAAGAUGCUCUGUUGACGGGCGAGCGCACGCACCGCAGCCCCGAGCGUCGCGGCUGGGGCUUCUGGCGCGAGGUCGGACUGUUCACCUGGGCCAUGCUGGCCACGAUCGCCGUCAUCGUGCUGGCCGUGGUGUUCCAGAACGAGACGAGCCGCGGCCGUCAUGACGACGGCACGGCCCCGACCCCCGGCGAGAAGCCGUCCGGCAAGCGCAACCUGAUCUUCAUGGUGUCGGACGGCAUGGGCCCGACCAGCCUGACCAUGACGCGGAGCUACCGUCAGUUCACGGAGGGCCUCCCCAUCGACGACACGCUCGUGCUGGACCAGCACAUCAUCGGUACGUCGCGCACGCGCUCCAGCUCCAGCCUGGUGACGGACUCGGCUGCCGGCGCGACCGCCUUCUCGUGCGGCCGCAAAAGCUACAACGGCGCCAUCUCCGUGCUGCCCGACCACUCGCCGUGCGGUACCGUGCUAGAGGCUGCCCAUCUGGCUGGCUACAAGACCGGGCUCGUCGUGACGACCCGGAUCACCGAUGCCACGCCGGCGUGCUUCGCCUCGCACGUCAACCUGCGCCAGUACGAGGACCGCAUCGCCGAGCAGGAGAUCGGCGAGCACCCGCUCGGCCGGGUCGUCGACCUCCUGCUCGGCGGCGGUCGGUGCCAUUUCCUGCCCAACUCGACCGACGGCAGCUGCCGCAACGACGACCGCGACCUGAUCGAGAUUGCCAAGAAGAACGGCUUCCACUACCUGGACGACCGCCGGUCGUUUGACUCGCUGAACGGCGGCGCCGACGCCCAGCUGCCGCUGCUGGGCCUUUUCGCCGAGACCGACAUCCCCUUCGAGAUCGACCGCCGCAACCAGAACGACGUGUACCCGUCCCUGGAGGAGAUGACUCGCACCGCGCUGAAGGCCCUCAGCCAGGCCACCGCCGACAGCGACCAGGGCUUCUUCAUCAUGAUCGAGGGCUCCCGCAUCGACCACGCCGGCCACGGGAACGACCCAGCUGCCCAGGUGAACGAAGUCCUGGCGUACGACAAGGCCUUUGCCGCCGUCCUGGACUUCCUCGAGCAGGACGACACCCCUGGUAUCCUGGUCUCCACGUCGGACCACGAGACCGGGGGCCUGUCGGCCGCCCGCCAGCUGCACGACGAGUAUCCGGAGUACAAGUGGCUGCCGGGGGUGCUCGCCAAUGCGAGCCACUCGUCCGAGUACAUGGAUCAAGCGCUGCAGGACUACCUCGCAGUGGAGAAGAAGAAGAACAAGCAGAAGAAGUUCGUGCGCGAGCUCCUGGUGGAGGGACUGGGUGUCACCGACGCCACGGACGAAGAGGUGGAGGCGCUUCUUGACCCCCACCUGCCCUACAGCCAUCAAUACGUGUUUGCGGAUAUCGUCAGUCGGAGGGCCCAGAUCGGCUGGUCCACUCAUGGCCAUUCCGGUGUCGACGUGAAUAUCUACGCCUCCUCCCCCAAAGACGCCUGGGCCCUCGUCGGGAACAACGAGAACACCGACGUCGGCGCCUUCUUGGCGGAUUACCUCAAUCUGGACGUGAACGACGUCACCAAUCGCCUCCGCGGCUCGGCAUAUUGGUCUGCGUCUACGGAAGCUGGCGCCGAAUCUGUCAGCAUCGACCAGGCGUUCACCUGGCUGGGUGACCCUCUCGGCGAGGAUGUGCGAACCGAAGGCCUGGACACCUACCACCACGAGUUCAAGAAACGCGGCCUGGAGACGGAGUGUGGCUGUGGUCAGAUCCAUUGA